AUGGCCCCCUCUUUCCCACGAAUUCAGGCUGCAUCUACAGACGGUCGACUGCACAAUGUCUACCAUCGACAAGUUCAGCUCGAGAAGCUCUGCAAAGCCUUAAUCGACAACGUCCAGGAAAUCAAAACCGCCAUCUCAACAGAUUAUGACUAUUCUGCAGCAGAGAUAGCGACGGAGUAUCAUCUCACACUAAAUGAGAUCAAACGCGUCUACUCGGAUCUCAAGCCAAAGGACUUUCAUGAGGAUGAGUACCUCAUUGCCAACAAUAAGGAUGCUUCAAUGGCCAAGAAGCCUGUGGGAAUUGUUUAUAUUGAACCCACUCAAUACAAUCUGUUCUAUUCGAGUUUGGUCCCGUUGAGUACAGCUUUUGCUGCUGGGAAUUGUGUGAUUAUACUGCUCGAAAACAACCUCAGGGCAGUCACAAGUCUUCUGCGAAGGAUCCUGCAGGCCGCUCUCGACGCAGACACGUUUGCUGUUGCAUCCUCACCAAUCACGGACUCUCUACUAUUAAGCAAAGCACUUUGCGUAUUUCAAAAUGGUGCCCCGGGCUCAUCACAAAGCAACCAACUGACCUCUUAUCCAACCGCACUUACCGUGGCUGUGGUCGAUCGUACUGCGGAUGUACACCUUGCUGCACGAGAACUAGUAUCCGCUAGAUUCGCCUUCGAAGGCCACAGUCCGUAUGCUCCAGACUAUGUGCUCGUCAAUGAGUUUGUCAAGCAGGAAUUCCUCCAAGCAGUCAAAUCGCAAUGCGACCAGCUUGCCAGUAAAAGCAACAAAGCCAAUACCGGCUCUGGCAUCGACGACAAACUUUCAAACUUGCGUAAAGUUGACAGCAGCAUACGGACGAUCGUUCAAGAGGCCAACUUUGCAGUCGUCGACAUUUCCUCGAGAGCGGCGGCAGUCGACGGCAAGAUUCAUCAUUCAAUCCUCAGAGUACACGGGAUCAAAUCCGCUGAUGAUGCCAUUGAUCUCGCAAAUGAAUCCAGUUCCAACAUACCACAUCUCGCCGCCUAUCACUUCGGAAGUCUAGCCAUGGGAAAAUAUCUCAGCCAGUUCAUCGAUGCCGAAGUUUCAUUCGUCAACCAUGUGCCGCGAGAGAUUCUCGUCGGCCCAGCAGCGCCUUCUGGACAUACUUUCCAGCCUUCAGUCAGAUAUCCCGUCGACCUCUUCAGUGCGCCUAGGCCCGCUUAUGUUCAUUGUUCAGACGCCUCAAAACGCCUUGCAGACAUCUUGAGUGCGGAUGGUGGCGUAUCUUCUCAGCAGUUGCUAAAUGAUGCAGCUAUGCCUUUGGCGGAGUUCAAGCGGAAUCCUGGCGGUGGAGUUGGGUUCUUCGAGCAAGGCUUCUUGAUCAGUGCUGGGAUUAUUGUGCUGACUACACUUACUGCUUCUGCAACGGGGAUGCUUUGGCUGUGGAGAUGGUCGAGACCAAUUUGA